GGCGAGGACGGGACCGCGGGGCGCUCAGGCCGAGGGGGCGCCCAGCGCCUGCUCCUCGCGCUUCCCCUAACGGGACGGGACAGACUGUGGGCGGGUGCGGCACCAACUCCGGCGGCUCCCACCACACAAGUGCAAUCCGCCGGGGCGGCUGAGACACCGGGGCAGGGACCGCCGAGGGCCGGAGGAGCCCCACGACCUGGGAGCGUGCUUGUCGCCACCUCGGCCGCCCAGGGCCCGUUCCCGCCCAGGCGGGGCAGCUUGCGCCGCCACACCGGCCGCCCGGGCCCGGGCAGCAGCUGAGGGCAAAACCUUCAGUUGCGGCGACUGCGCAUGCACAACGCCCGGCGCAUGCGGGAGGGGGACGACGCCGAGGAGCGGAAUCCGCCGCUCGGCACCGUUGGUUGGUUUCCGUGCAGGCCCCGCCGCCAUUUUCUCGCAGCCCUCCCGUGCUCGUCGGCCGCGCGGCUCUCCGUCCCGCUGCUCCGCGCUUCGUCCUGCUCGGCGAUGGACGGCAUUGUCACUGAUGUUGCAGUUGGUGUGAAGAGAGGAUCUGACGAACUUCUUUCAGGCAGUGUACUCAAUAGCCCGAACUCUAACAUGAGCAGCAUGGUAGUUACUGCCAAUGGUAAUGACAACAAGAAAUUCAAAGGUGACGAUAAAAUGGAUGGGGCUCCGUCUCGUGUUCUUCAUAUCAGAAAAUUGCCUGGGGAAGUAACAGAAACAGAAGUCAUUGCUUUAGGUUUACCUUUUGGUAAGGUAACCAACAUCCUGAUGCUGAAAGGGAAAAAUCAGGCUUUUUUGGAACUUGCUACAGAAGAAGCAGCUAUCACUAUGGUUAAUUACUACUCUGCUGUGACACCUCAUCUUCGUAACCAACCUAUCUAUAUCCAGUAUUCCAAUCAUAAAGAACUAAAGACUGAUAACACACUGAACCAGCGGGCCCAAGCUGUUCUUCAGGCAGUGACAGCCGUGCAGGCAACAAAUGCUCCCAUAAGUGGGACCACUGUGAGUGAGAGUGCAGUGACUCCAGCUCAGAGUCCGGUACUUAGAAUAAUUAUUGACAACAUGUACUAUCCCGUAACUCUGGAUGUUCUUCAUCAGAUAUUCUCUAAAUUUGGUGCUGUAUUGAAGAUAAUCACAUUCACAAAGAAUAACCAGUUUCAAGCUUUACUGCAGUAUGGUGAUCCAGUGAAUGCACAGCAAGCAAAACUAGCCCUAGAUGGUCAGAAUAUUUAUAAUGCUUGCUGUACCCUACGGAUUGAUUUUUCCAAGUUGGUGAAUUUGAAUGUCAAGUACAACAACGAUAAAAGCAGAGACUACACUCGUCCUGAUCUUCCAUCUGGUGAUGGACAACCAGCGCUGGACCCAGCUAUUGCUGCAGCAUUUGCAAAGGAGACCUCCCUUUUAGGGCUUCCUGUUGCAGCUGUUCCAGGAGCUCUGAGUCCUUUGGCUAUUCCAAAUGCUGCUGCUGCUGCAGCUGCUGCUGCUGCUGGCCGUGUGGGAAUGCCUGGAGUCUCAGCUGGUGGCAAUACAGUCCUCCUGGUUAGCAAUUUAAAUGAAGAGAUGGUUACGCCCCAAAGUCUGUUUACCCUCUUCGGUGUUUAUGGUGAUGUGCAGCGUGUGAAGAUUUUAUACAAUAAGAAAGACAGUGCUCUUAUACAGAUGGCUGAUGGAAACCAGUCACAGCUGGCCAUGAGCCAUCUUAAUGGACAAAAAAUGUAUGGAAAGAUUAUUCGGGUUACCCUUUCUAAACAUCAGACAGUACAACUACCUCGAGAGGGACUUGAUGACCAAGGGCUGACUAAAGAUUUUGGUAAUUCACCUCUGCAUCGCUUCAAGAAACCUGGUUCAAAAAACUUUCAGAAUAUAUUCCCUCCAUCUGCAACUCUUCAUCUAUCCAAUAUUCCACCAUCAGUAGCAGAAGAGGAUCUCCGCACACUGUUUGCUAACACUGGAGGCACUGUGAAAGCAUUUAAAUUUUUUCAAAGAGAUCACAAGAUGGCACUUCUUCAGAUGUCAACAGUAGAAGAAGCUAUUCAGGCUUUGAUUGAUCUUCACAAUUACAAUCUUGGAGAAAAUCACCAUCUGAGAGUUUCUUUCUCCAAGUCAACUAUUUAAAAAGGCAGAUUGAAAAUGAGGGUGUAUUGCAUUGUUUGGUGUUGUCACCUAUUGACUGUUCAGGAAAGUGGGGACCAGAGUUUGUCUUCUAUUUUUGGAUUUUCUUUCAUGCUGUUAUCAUUCCUUGUUUGUUUAAAAAAUAAAAAUUAAUAUUAAAAAGCAGUGAUACUAACUGCUGUUGUCCAGCUGUUGUUUAGAUAAAUCAUCAUUUUGUUUAAAAGAUUUCAAGUUAAUACCACAGUUUUUCAACUGAGUUGACAUAUGUGCCUUAAAAGGGGAAACUAGUACCGCUGAAAUUGCGUAACUAGUAAAAACAAAUUUGGUUGUCUGGGGCACACUGUUACAUGAUGAUUUCAAUACGUUUAGGCAGGGGUGUGUAAAAAGGUUAAGCUUUUGUUUCUCCUGCUUGGAAUUGAUUUCUGUAUCUGCGGGCCUGUCACUUAUUUUUCUUUUUAAUUGGGUAAGAUGCAGUAUGCUGAAAGAAUAAAACAAUGUUAUUUGAUUUUG